AUAGUGGUGAGUACGUUGCUUGGUGUAUGGGUGGCAUUGUUUAUUUGUGGUGUGUGGUUUUUUAAAAUGUUGUGAGCUGUGUAGAAUUAUCAUAUGUGAGCUAAAUGGCCAUAACCUUUUAAUAAAUAAGCAAGCAGCAUUUUUUAAAUUUUUAUUUCAGAAGUGAGAAAUUAGGACGAGCAAGACAAAGCUCCUAUUUAUGAAGAUCUAGCAAACCAAGAUAUCAAAAUGAAUGAUAAUAAUAAUUAUAAAUAGUGUUUACUUCUUCAAUGAGUCUGACCCCGUAAGAGGAAAGGAGGUGCUUCCUGUUAUUCUGAUUCAAAUCUCAAGCUGGUGACAGGACAGAAGCAGACUGCCUAUGCCUCAGAGUGGCAGGCUGUACAAGAUGGAUGGCCAUGCUCUGCUCUUGAGACUACUUCUGCUGAUUUCCACAGUGGCUAUUACAAUUCAUGGUUAUUCUGGGACAACAGUACCUCCCCAAAAUGGUACCUUCUCUUUAAAAAGUCUAAAUCUUACACUUCAGGAAAUUAAAGAUUUGAUAUACCAAUACCGUACCAGACAGUGUUGGGAUUUGUUUACUGAGCAGAUGGCCAAUAUCAGCAAAACAUAUUGGUGUGAUUGGAAGAUUAUUCGCAGGCCAUACAGUCACCUGAGAAAAUGCCUCGAAAAUGAAGCUGAUAAACUGGACCUUAACUACCCCAAUUCCAUGGCUGAGGAAUACAUCAUCAUCAGCCACCAUGACUACUUCUUCAAUUGUACCCUGCAGAAUCAACCUCUCCAGGACCCUCCUGAAAAUAUUUUGCUGGCUCUCAUCAUGACCCCCAUCUGCAUUAUUCCUUUCUUGGUUGCUCUUGUUGUGUUGAAGAGCAAAGAUGGUGAGAUGCAAUUGAGAUGCAGAUGUCCAAGAUAACACCAUGGGAUUACAUAAAGCUGCAUUUCUCUCCUUCAGCAAGAUGGAAUCGAAAGAAAAUACCAAAAAUAUAUGCCAAAUGGAUCAAGAAAACAAACCGAAAGUUUAGGGACAUUCAUAACAAAAGUUAAUUAAAUAGUGAACAAAUAGUAGAAAUGACAGCCUAGAAGAGUUCAACAUGGUCACAUUUUGGCCUAUUGUGUGAUACUCUUGUAACUAUUUUAAAAAUACAAUGCCAUUACCUUUUUCUAGUAGCAUAGUGCUAUUGAGACAAACUAGAGA